UCAAGUGUUCGCAGCAACUGGCCAGUUUAACCAGUCGAGUCGAAAGAGUUAAAGUGUUUUACAUUAUUUGUGAGUGCUAGUAAUUUGAUAUCUACCUACUUGCGACCAGCGAUCAAGGAUAAAACAAGCAUCUUCCAUUCUAUUUGAAAGUAUUUUGUUUUUCAACUUCGUCAGAGAUGGCAACAGAAGUGAGCUCAUCCCCGUCAGCGAUGCCCCAGCUACAGUCGGUGCAGAAAGCCAUGGCACUCCCCACAGUGGGAGCAGCUGUGGGCCAGUUUGGAGCCAUCUAUACAAAAGUCAAGGGUGUACACUCCAUCCUCGACUGGGCGCUAUCCACAGCUGAAGCCAGCGUGACCCUCGCCGCCACCACAGCCGCCCCCUAUGUGGCCACACCCUUAGCCGCCGGAGACGCGAGGAUCGCAGCUGCCAUAGACGCUUUGGAGAAGAGGGUGCCCCUCGUGACAGAAGAACCUAAAGUCAUUAUAGAGACCACCAAACAGGCAGUCAUGUCGAGAUUAACGCCUCAUGUAACGAAGGUAUGCACAGCCCGCGCUGCAGCUGAACAUCGAGUCCACUCCCUAAAGGAACUGUCCUGGGCCAAAGCAAACGAUCUCCUGUCAACGGCAUACGGCCAGAAAGCCAUGCACGGCGUCGACAGUGGCGCCUCCUACGCCAUGCAGUUGCUAGACCACUAUUUACCGGCUAUUGGACCACAGCCUGAACCAAGCUCGGAAAUCACACCAGCGGAAUCUGACCCGACGUUGCACACGAUACAAACUGUGGGGAGACUGAGUGCCGUGGCCGCUCGCAGGGUUUGGGCCAACCUCGCGUACAAGAUCAAUGAGCUCAGAACCGAAGGCAUCGAACUGGACUUCCGUCGGUAUGUAGCCGCUCUCCUCGCCGCUCUUCACCUCGCCAAGGUCACCAGUCAGGAGCAGCAGAAGGAACUACAACAAACCACUCCUGAGAAGAGCCCAGCCGAGCCCAAACCCGCGGCUCCCCCCGCUCACCCCUCCCCCGUGCCGCACCCCGCCGUCGCCCCCACCGGCUCUAACCAACCCGCGGAGCACGCUUCAGAAAAAAAUAAUAAACAAUAAAACAUUUAUUUUUACAUGUAUUUAAUCUUAACCUUAUAUUGUACUCUCUCACGCCACAAUGUUAGAUAAAAAAAGUAAAUUUUUACCAAUAUUGUUUUGGCGUUAGCUGUAAGUAUUAAUUGGAGACUGUUGAAUAGUCUUACAUUUUGAUGUGUAUUUACGGCCGUUGUAUGGCCAUUUUGAUAAAUUUUAUACUAUGAUAAAUAUAUUUCUUGGAUUUUA